UCCCCCUCCCCACUCCCCCCCUCCCGCAAACCAACAGCCUUCCAGCAAAAAGAGCGGAGUCUCUGCGUGUUGCGCACCAUCGCCGAGGAUGAGGGAAACUAUGCCCCAGACUCCCAUUUUUCCAAGCAUGCUUGGCACCAGUUGUAGUGGCCACAUACAACCAGAUAUGGAGGAGAAAUGUAGUGACCCUGUGUACCAGGAUGGCAGUCUCGUUUCUGGUUCCCUAGAAGUGCUCAUUGAACGCUUGGUCCCUACAGUUGAUUAUUAUCCUGAUAGGACGUAUAUCUUCACCUUUCUGCUGAGUUCACGCAUCUUCAUCCACCCGCAAGAGCUGCUGGCGAAGGUCGGGCAGAUCUGCACAAAGCAGCAGCAGCAGCUGGAGACUGGAGCUGAGGCAGAUAAGGUUAAAAUGAAGGCAUUUGUCCCAAAGAUCAUCCAGCUACUAACAGAGUGGACUGAAACAUUCCCACACGACUUUCAGGACGAGAAGGCAAUGAAGGAACUGAAGGAGAUAACGCUCCAGAUAGCGCAAUGUGAUGAGGAUAAUGCCAGUGUGAAGAAAAGCAUCAGUCAGAUGACUCAAAGUCUGAUCCGCAAACUCUCAACCCACAGUCAGUACCAGGAGCCACGGGACAUAAUCAAACCCUCCGUCACAGACAAGCAGACAAUCCUCAAACCCAAGAGUCAGUCCAGUCUGAAGGAUAUACUGAGCGUAUGCAAUGACCCCUGUGUCGUAGCCCAGCAGCUCACUCAUAUUGAAAUGGAACGAUUAACUCAGAUCUCACCAGAGGAAUUGGUGCACAUAUUCAGUCAGAUGGAUUCACUGGACAACCAUAAGAGUUGUCGUAGUGACAUUAAGAAGACAUACAACUUGGAGGCAUAUGACAACUGGUUUAAUCGUCUCAGUUCGCUGGUAGCUACUGAAAUAUGCAGAGUUGGGAAAAAGAAGCAGAGGACACGUGUGGUGGAGUUUUUCAUCGAUGUUGCAAGAGAAUGUUUUAACAUUGGCAACUUCAACUCGCUGAUGGCUAUCAUCUCUGGCAUGAACCUGAACCCUGUCGCCAGAUUGAGGAAAACCUGGUCGAAGGUCAAAAAGGCUAAAUUUGAAGUCUUAGAAAAUCACAUGGACCCCUCCAGCAAUUUCUCUCACUAUCGAACAGCACUACAGGGAGCAGCCCAGCGAUCACAGACAGCACACAGCAACCGCGAGAAGGUUGUAAUUCCAGUUUUUAAUCUCUUCAUCAAAGACAUUUACUUUCUCAACAAAAUUCACUCAAAUCAGCUACCAAAUGGACAAAUCAACUUUAAGAAAUUCUGGGAAAUCGCCAAACAGAUUAGUGAGUUCAUGAUGUGGAAACAAGUGGACUGUCCCUUUGAGAAGGACAAGAAGAUCAAAAACUACCUUACAACAGCCCCUGUUUACACAGAAGAAGCUCUCUACCUGGCUUCAUUUGAGAGUGAAGGUCCUGAGAAUCAUAUGGAGAAGGACAGCUGGAAGACGCUCAGGGCCACACUGCUGAAUAGGGCAUGAAGAAGGCAGCCUGCAUAUACCAGACAUUGCGUAUCAUUUGCACUGCAAUCGAUUAGAGCCCCAGUUGGAAGCCUGGCACUUGAUUCGGACAUGUUAUAUUUUAUUUCUAGUUUUUUUUGAUUUGCUUGAUUCGGGUACGGAUCGUGACUGUGUAGAGAAAGUGACCAAGCAAAGCAAGGGAUACUGAUCCCCUAGCUGGGACGUGUGGGUAUCUCUAUUCUAUAGACUUCACAAACAACAUUGUGCUUUCACUUAAAGACACUUGUAAAAACAAAAAGAAGUCGAAGAAAAAGUUUUUUUGUCAUGGGGGCAGGACCCUUUAAUGAACAAAGGCAUCAUGAGAAAUCUCUGGCUACUGUUUCUCUGGACUUCAGUAGAAAAUAAAUAAGACAAUGGCAACAUGUGGGAAAUUCCUUCCACUUAUUUGUUUUGGAAUAACUCACUGCUUCUAAGAGAGAGAUACUUACGGGUAUAAACAAUGCUGGCAAGGUAACAUUGCACUGGACUGAAAUCUGUUGCACUGUCUUUGGGAGGGGGAAAUGUUUAGCAGAAUUCAAGCAAACUAUAUAUAGAUUGUCCUGCUGGAGUAACAGGCAUCUAUUCCAGCAUAUGGAAUGUGCACUGAUUUGUUUUAUGCUGCAGCCUGUCGACAAUAUUUUAACUGUUUUGAGGCCUGAAGAUCAUUCCAUAGUGAAGUGUGCAUUGAUUGUUUUACAUUACAGAAUAUAGUUCAGAGAUUUGUUGUUCUGCUGGAGUGAAGGACCCUUUUCUGCCUUUGUGUUGAGAGUGUGCACUGCUUAACAAAUUAUAGAGCAAGGUUUGGACUGUACCACUGGAAUGGACUUCGCCCUUUUGGAGUGUGCUUUAAUUGUUUUCCAUUAUACCCUGGUGUGUACAGUAGUGUCUCUUGGAGUAGAGGGUCCCUGUUCUGCCAUACUGGAGGGUGCAUGUUGCUGCUGUGACAAUGAUCUGACUUUGCCUCUUUUAAAAAUAAAUGAUUUAUUUUUAA